AUGGUCGACUUUCCUCCAGGAGUUGCUGAGCAAGCUGAAGAAGAAAAGAAGCCCAGGGAUGGUGUGACCCCUCUGAGUCACGCCCCUGCGGUGGCCACGCGUGAGGCCUGGUCUUGGGAGCAGUACUUGAAAGAACAGGAGGCCGUGGCAGCGCCUGUUGAGCUGUUUUCCAAGGGCCAGUCCUUUCCGGAGCGUGAAAAUGGUUUUCAGGUUGGAAUGAGAUUAGAAGGCAUUGACCCCCGUCAUCCAUCUGUGUUUUGUGUGCUUUCUGUAGCUGAGGUGUGUGGUUACCGUCUAAGACUUCAUUUUGAUGGUUAUUUAAGCUGCUAUGAUUUUUGGACUAAUGCUGGUUCCCCUGACAUUCAUCCAGUAGGGUGGUGUGAAAAGACCAAACAUGAAUUACACAUCCCUAAGGGUUAUAGAAAAGAUAAAUUUGUUUGGAUGGAUCACUUGAAGGCCUGCAAAUUGCAAAAUGCUCCCAAGAAACUAUUCAGAAACAGAAAUUCUAACGGGCCAAUACCUAAGGAGUUUCAGGUUGGAAUGAAGCUGGAGGCUGUCGACAGGAAGAACCCUUCCUUGGUGUGUGUGGCAACCGUAGCAGAUAUUGUUGGAGAUCGCUUGCUAGUGCAUUUUGACAAUUGGGAUGAUAGUUACGAUUACUGGUGUGAUGUCAAUAGUCCUUAUGUUCAGCCAAUUGGUUGGUGUCAGGAGCAUGGAAGAACUCUGAUAGCACCCCAAGGUUAUCCUGAGCCAGAAAAAUUUUCCUGGACAGAAUAUCUGGAAGCUACUCGAACUAAUGCAGUACCUGCCAAAGUUUUUAAAAUGCGCUUGCCCCAUGGUUUUCUCCCGAAUAUGAAACUUGAAGUCGUGGAUAAACGAAACCCCAGGUUAAUUCGUGUUGCUACGAUUAUAGAUGUUGAUGACCAAAGAAUAAAGGUCCAUUUUGAUGGCUGGGACCACAAAUAUGACUACUGGAUGGAUACAGACAGCCCUGACAUUCACCCAAUUGGAUGGUGUGACGUCACAGGUCAUCCCCUGGAAGUGCCGCAUCGGGCAAAUGAUGUGAAAAUCCUUCCAGGUCAAGCUGUUUGUCCCACUCCAGGGUGCCGAGGGAUAGGCCAUAUCCGUGGUCCGCGGUAUUCAGGACAUCACAGUGCCUUUGGCUGCCCGUAUUCGGACAUGAACUUGAAAAAGGAGGCAACGCUUCACGAUCGUCUGCGAGAACAAACACAGGCAAAUGUGGACUCAGACUCCGCACAUUCAAAAUCGAAAAACCUCUGUAGUUUGAAGUUCAAUGGAAAACAUGAAAAGGGGAACAGCCAGUCCAGACUUGUACAGCAGGCAAAGUGUUUGAAAAUCAAAGGAAAAGAAGAUAUUGACUUGGAUAUUCUCUUCAGAGAGCACUCGGCCGCGCGGACGCAGCAGGCCCUGCACCAGUCGGUCUUCAUGUCGUCCCCGUCCGCCCAGCCUUUCCGGGACCUUCCCCUGGGCCGCGAACAGCACCUCAAGCUGCUCCCCGGCGUGGCCGACGUGCGGGCUGGCGAGGUGGCCCGGUGGACGGUGGAUGAGGUGGCUGAGUUCGUACGGUCUCUGCUGGGCUGCGAAGAGCAUGCCAAGUGCUUCAAGAAAGAGCAGGUUGAUGGCAAAGCCUUCCUGCUCCUGACACAGAAGGACAUCGUCCAGGUGAUGAAGAUCAAACUGGGUCCAGCCCUGAAGAUUUAUAACUCCAUCCUCAUGUUCAGGAGCUCCCAGGACCUCGCCAGGGAAGGUGCAGUCUCGGGCCAGGAAGGCAGGGGGAAACUCUGCACCUGA